GGCGGACGAAGCAUCUACAAAGCAGGAAUAGUCGAAGCGGCGGCAGCGGCGGGCGGCGGCAGCACCAGCAGCGGCAGGAAUUGGGGGCCUCUCCUAGACCUUCCCUGAUGGAUGACCUCUGUGAAGCAAAUGGCACUUUUGCCAUCAACUUAUUUAAAAUAUUGGGGGAAGAAGACAGCUCAAGAAACGUAUUCCUCUCUCCCAUGAGCAUCUCCUCUGCCUUGGCCAUGGUCUUCAUGGGGGCAAAGGGAAGCACCGCAGUCCAGAUGUCCCAGGCACUUUGUUUAUACGAAGAUGGAAAUAUUCACCAAAGUUUCCAGUCACUUCUCCAUGAAGUUAACAGAACCGGCACUCAAUACUUGCUUAGAACUGCCAACAGACUCUUUGGGGAAAAGACGUGUGAUUUCAUUCCAGACUUUAAGAAAUCCUGUCAGAAGUUCUAUCAGGCAGAGCUGGAGGAGCUGUCCUUUGCUGAAGACACUGAAGAGUGCAGGAAACAUAUAAAUGACUGGGUGGCGGAAAAGACUGAAGGUAAGAUUUCAGAAGUGCUGGAUGUUGGGACAGUUGGUCCCCUGACAAAGCUGGUCCUUGUGAAUGCCAUCUAUUUCAAAGGAAAGUGGAAUGAACAAUUUGACAGAAAGUACACAAGGGGAAUGCUCUUUAAAACCAAUGAGGAAAAAAAGACAGUGCAGAUGAUGUUUAAGGAAGCUAAAUUUAAAAUGGGGUAUGUGGAUGAGGUGCACACCCAGGUCCUGGAGCUGCCCUAUAUGGAAAAGGAGCUGAGCAUGGUCAUUCUGCUUCCCGACGACAACACAGACCUCGCCGUGGUGGAGAAAACACUUACAUAUGAGAAAUUCAAAGCUUGGACAAAUCCAGAAAAGUUGACAAAAAGUAAGGUUCAAGUUUUCCUUCCCAGAUUAAAGCUGGAGGAGAGCUAUGACUUGGAGCCUUUCCUUCGAAGGUUAGGCAUGAUCGAUGCUUUUGAUGAAGCCAAGGCAGACUUUUCUGGAAUGUCAACUAAGAAAAAUGUGCCUGUGUCUAAGGUUGCCCACAAGUGCUUUGUGGAGGUCAACGAGGAAGGCACAGAGGCUGCUGCAGCCACGGCUGUGGUCAGGAAUUCCAGGUGCAGCAGAAUAGAGCCAAGAUUCUGUGCAGACCACCCUUUCCUUUUCUUCAUCAGGCACCACAAAACCAACUGCAUCUUGUUCUGCGGCAGGUUCUCUUCUCCUUAAAGAGGAGCAAUUGCUGUACAGUUGCCUUCUGCCUACGUUGCCUUAAUUAACAUUCCAUGUGACCCAUUUGGUGCAGUGACUUCAAUGCCAAAAUAAAGCAUGCAUACCCGGA